AUGGCGGGACAAAAAACAGGGUACAGAUCCCGCAAGCGGAGGACGGCAAGGGCGUGCGAAGUGUGCCAUGCGCGGAAGGUGAGGUGCGACGCCCAUCUUCGGAUGCCGUGCACGUCGUGCCAGACAUUUGGGCUAGUUUGCAGGCUGCGGGUGGUGAAGAAGUCCCGGAACGGCCAAAACCACGAAGAGGAGACGGAAUGGGUAGCGGAUUCGCUGACCAGCGCAGAGGGACACGACCAGGAGGAGGAGCAAACAGUCAAGGAAGUUGUGUCGAACGGGAUGCCGUUCGGCGACGAGUAUCUGCGCAAACGUGGAGUCGAGCCCGGCGUGUUUGUUGACGCAGAGCAUCGAGAUAGGGAUAGAGUGUAUGUGUAUUUCGGGUCGUCCAGUUUCCUGAGUCUGCUCACGGGAUCUACGUUCCCGGAUGAAUCUCACUUCGCGUCCGCACAGAAACUCCGACUAACGCUUCCGCGUUCUGGAGAAGGGAGCCCGCGUGUCGCCAAUCUGGAAAUGCUGCGCAUUUCAGGGGCUUUUCUAUUGCCAUCGAAAGUAAUAUGUGAUGAGCUAGUGGACCUCUACUUCCAGUGGAUUCAUCCGCUCACGCCAGUGUUGGAUCGGACCGCCUUCACAAAAGAAUAUGAGGCCAACACCUGCUCAAUUUUUUUAUUGCAAGCAAUUUUGUGUGUUGCCGUUAAAGUGUCCAGAAACCCAUUGUUAAUGGACAAGGACGGAUCUACUGAUUUAGCUUCAAAUAUUUUCUACCAACGUGCCAAAUCUCUAUAUGACGGCCGCUACGAGGAAAACGAAAUCGCCUUACUCCAAGGUAUGAUUCUGUUAAGCAAGCAGGCGUUUCAUGAGAAGAAUCUCAUUCAUACACCACUUUAUUUUAUUAAAAACGCCAUCAUCGUGGCCAACACCCACGGGCUUCAUCGGUCUGCUGAUUUCCAUCCCACUUUGACACCUAACGAGAAGAAGGCCCGCAAACUGAUUUGGUGGAUCCUCUACGUAUUAGACACUUUUGCAUCCAUCUCAAUUGGUAGACCCCAAGGUAUAAAUCUAGAUGAUUGCGAUAUCCCAGUCCUCACGCACGAUGACUUUGUGUUCGAUGGUCAGGCACCAGAGCACGCAACGCCAACGGAUUAUAAAGAUUGUAUAAUCCGUACAGUUCAGAUUGCAGAGAUUGUGUCGAGAGUUUCAAGGGAAUUGAACAGACCCAUGACUGGGCAAUGCCAGAAAAAAACUUUGAUCCAACACUUUGAUGUCUUACUACAGCGAUGGCGUAAAAAUUUGCCACCGUCAUUAAGUUACAAUUCUAACGCAGAAAUUUUCACUAAACAUUCCCUGCCGAAGGCUUUCGUCAAUGCUUUUUACUACAAAACCUUAUGCUUACUGCACAAAUCUAAUAUUCAUGAUAUGGAAGCCGCGUCUGACCAGCAAUAUGUGUCUGCUGGUAUAGCUUUUCAAGCAGCACAUUCUUUAAGCUUAAUCGGCCAAAUCCUAUUAGACAGAAAUGAGAUAAGCUACUGCUACGUGGGCCAUGGAUAUUGUUUCUUCGAGGCUAUGAUUAUUUUUGUUCACCACAUGUACGAUCCUGAUUCUAUCUUCAAAGAGAUUGCAUUAAAAUGCUAUCACGUUCUGGAGCAAGUUCUCGCGGAAUUUGGAAAACAAUGGAAUUCUUGCACUCUACUGAGCCAAGUCCUUUUCGCCUUCAGUCAAAAUCCUGAAUACAUUCGUGCAGUCAUUGCACGAUUUAAGGCAAAGAUGAAAGAUCAAAAAAACCCUAACAUACCUAUAGAGGUUCCUAGUCCUGCUAGAAGCAUUGACGUCGAUCUUCAGAAACUUUCGCCAGUCAACUCGGGAAACUGGAGUAGCCCGCCCAUUCAGGGUCCUGGUCUUACCGAAGGAAAGAGCCCCGACAUUUUUCCUCCUUUAAACUAUAUGCGUCCAAAUGUUUACGCACCUGUGCAAAAUCCUACUAUGGUCCAACCAACAUAUAUCGGCGGUAAUCCUCACAUGACAUACGUGCCGGCUUCUGCGACCAUUCCUCCUGUAGCAAAUUACCCAAUGUCCUACCCCGCUCGUGAUUUAAAUUUUACGACUACAAGCAUUUCUCACACAAGCGCCCCCGAUAAGAACUUCGACCCGCAUCAAUUGUUUCCGGACAUUUCCAAACCAUUACCUGCCGAUUUUCAUUUCAACAACAACCUUGACACUGAUAGCAGAUUGCAAUCUGAAUCACCACUUCCACCAUUAGUCAACGAGCAUCAGCCGCAUCCGUUUAUCAGUACUUUAUCUGAGAGAGCUGACUUAAAGAGUCCUCAACCACAGUCUUCACAGGCUUCUACUCCAACGAUAGGGCAGGAGAGAGCCCCUCCUGUACAUACCACAUCUGUUCCGCUUCCCCCUGGAUUUUGGGAUAGCGUAAAGGUUAAUUUCAACUUUUUCACAACUCAGGACAACAACACCCAGCAAUGGCCUUCAGAUACCCAGAAUACGGGGUCGGGUUUCGAUUUUCCAACUGGCGAAGAAGGAUGA